AUGGCAAGCGAGAAUUACACGCGUGAGGAGGAGGAUUUUGAGGAUGAGGAGCUUGAUGAAACUAGCUUCAAAUCAGUCAAAGAUGCUGUUCUCUUUGUCAUAGACAUCAGUAGCUCAAUGCUAAAACCUCGAGAAUCUUCUGAUGCUAAGAAACCCGUCAAGGAAUCACCAGCAUCUGCCGCCUUGAAGUGUGCAUACCAUCUGAUGCAACAGCGCAUUCUCUCCAACCCUCAUGAUAUGAUCGGCGUCUUACUUUAUGGCACACAGUCAUCCAAAUUCUAUCAUGAAGAUGAAGAUAGUCGUGGAGAUCUCUCAUAUCCACACUGUUAUCUCUACACGGACCUGGAUGUCCCAUCAGCCCAAGAAGUCAAGGAACUACGAUCUCUAGCCGAGAAGGACGAGGCAGCAGUAGGAAUAUUGAAGCCAUCAAGUGAGCCGGUCUCGAUGGCCAAUGUGCUUUUCUGCGCGAAUCAAAUCUUUACUUCCAAGGCUCCAAACUUCCUGUCUCGGCGAUUGUUUGUCGUGACCGACAAUGAUAAUCCACAUGCAGACAAUAAAGCACUGCGAUCAGCUGCAACUGUUCGAGCGAGAGACUUGUAUGACCUGGGUGUUAACAUUGAGCUUUUCCCCAUCUCUCAACCAGAUCACGAAUUCGACACCUCUAAGUUCUACGAUGACAUUAUUUACAAAACUUCUCCAAAUGAUGGCGAUGCUCCGAUAUACUUGAAACCGGAUACCAACGAGUCUACGGCCAAAGGUGACGGACUUUCACUGCUCAAUUCUCUCUUAUCCAGCAUCAAUUCGAGAUCGGUUCCCCGGCGUUCUCUGUUUUCAAACGUGCCACUGGAGCUCGGUCCUGAUCUUCAAAUAUCAGUUAAUGGAUACCUGCUUCUCAAAAAGCAGGAGCCCGCACGGAAUUGUUUCGUUUGGCAGGGUGGCGAGACUCCUCAAAUCGCCAAAGGAGUCACCACUCUGAUGGCCGAUGACACAGCACACACGGUCGAGAAAGAGGACAUCAGAAAGGCCUACAAGUUCGGCGGCGAACAAGUCUCAUUCACAACCGAAGAACAGCAAGCAUUGAAACACUUCGGUAACCCCGUAAUCCGAAUUAUUGGCUUCAAGUCACUGUCCGCGCUGCCAAUCUGGGCUAACGUCAAGCACCCCUCGUUCAUCUAUCCCUCGGAAGAAGACUACGUAGGCUCAACUCGAGUCUUCUCUGCAUUACAGCAAAAACUCUUGGAGGCCGAGAAAAUGGCAUUGGUCUGGUUCAUUCCUCGCAGGAAUGCGUCGCCAGUCUUGGCUGCCAUGGUAGCUGGAGUUGAGAAAAUCGAUGAGAAUGGAGUGCAGAAAAUCCCACCGGGCAUGUGGAUUAUCCCUCUUCCCUUUGCGGACGAUGUUCGCGAAAAUCCGGAGGCGACCCUGAACAAGGCACCGGAUACACUGAUUGAUUCCAUGCGGGAAGUGAUUCAGCAACUGCAGCUUCCAAAGGCUGUGUAUGAUCCUUCAAAGUACCCCAAUCCUUCACUUCAAUGGCAUUAUCGCAUUCUACAAGCUCUUGCCUUGGAAGAAGACAUGCCCGAAAGCGCAGAAGAUAAGACCAUUCCCAAGUAUCGACAGAUAAACAAGCGCGCUGGCGAGUAUGUCCUUGCAUGGGCCGAGGAACUGAAGGCCCAAUCAGCCAAAAUAUUUGGUGGGACCGCAGCUACAAAAACCACUCUUGUGAAACGAGGCGCAAAGGAAGAAAACGCCGAGAGCCAUCCCUCAAAACGGGUAAAGGUCGAGAGUGGUGCUAUUGAUGUGGACGGCGAUGUCAAACGAGCCUCGGAAAAGGGCGCUGUAUCCAAGUUGACCGUGGCUACGCUGAAGGAGUUCUUGAAUGCUCACGGCCGUGCUACAGCUGGCAAGAAGGCAGAUCUGGUGGAGCGGGUUGAGCAGUACUUUGAACAGAAGUCCUAA